AUGAGUGCUUCAAUGAGUUCGUCUGCUCUAUGUUUUAGUUCCAUGUCUUACACAUGUAAGCUCACUUCUGCAGUUCUAGUUAGAGAGGUUCUUCACACCUUUGGCACAGUGCUGGUCCCGAAUAGCUUCUGAUACCUGGCCAAGUGUAGCUGUGGUUCCUGUCUGGGAUAUUAACUGACUAUGCAGAGGACUUUUACUGGUUCUUCAACUUGGAGAUGAAUUCCAUGCACUAAAGGGGUGGACUCAACGGUGAGACAUAUUGAACAGAAAACAACCAAAUGGUUCUGUGUUUCUGUAAAAACACAAGAUAAAGCUGGAUAGCAUAAUGAGACCCCUCACAAAUACCUAUGUCUUUGUUUGUGCCUUUACAUUCACACUAUGGAAUAAUAUCCAGCCAACUGUGGAAAAUGAAUUUAUUGCAAAUUACUCAAGCAGAUUGCUAACUAAUGUUCCAAAAAACAUUCCAGUACAUACUCAAGUAUUAGAUUUAUCACAUAAUAGGAUCUCUGGAAUUAGUAUCUCAGAAUUUAUUUCUCUUUCUGACCUUCAAGUAUUAAAUCUUUCUCAUAAUCUAGUUACGGUGCUUGACUUCAGUGUCUUUGUUUUUAAUGAAAAUUUAGAAUACUUAGAUUUAUCUCAUAAUAACAUUUUGAAAGUUUGCUGUCUAACUCUUGCCUGUCUUAGACAUUUAGAUCUUUCUUACAAUAAGUUUACUGCCUUGCCUAUCUGUCAGGAAUUUGAGAACAUGUUUCGUUUGGAGUACCUAGGAUUAAGUGCCAUGAUGAUAAGAAGGUCAGACUUCAGGUAUAUCAAACAUUUGCAGCUGCACACUGUCUUCCUGACCUUGAAAAACUUUUCUCUGUAUGAGCCUCAGAGUCUGACAGCCUUGAAUACAAGGAGCCUCCACAUUGAUUUUGCAGCAAACCAAAACUUCAGUUCUUCCCUCUUGUACGAUGGAAUGAGUACUUCAGAGAAUUUAAAAAUAGUUAACUUAAUAUAUACCUUGAGCUAUAAAUAUUUCCCCUCUCCUCCUUUAAUGCUUCUGAAGAAAAUCAAGACAACAGCUCUCAUUCUUGACACUGUGGAUGUACAAUGGCCUAUCAUUAUGCAAAUUUUCCUGCUUAUUUGGUAUUCACCUGUGGAGCAUUUGACUGUGAGAAAUUUGACUUUUCGGGGACCACUGGGGGAGCUGACUAAAUAUGAGUUUCUACCCUUGUUAAGUUCUCUGGAACAGUUAAUCUCUUUGGAUGGCUCCAUGAAAGCAUUAACUUUGGAGCACGUUCGUAAUAAGCUUUAUUAUUUCAACCAGGAGGUUCUAUACAGACAGUUUUCAGAGAUGAAUAUUGCCAGUUUGACAAUAUAUGAUGCAUAUAUGCCACACAUGCUUUGCCCCAAUAGAACAAGCUCAUUUCAGUACUUAAAUUUUUCUCACAAUGCCCUGACGGAUGAGUUGUUCCAGAAUUGUGGCACUUUGAUAGAUCUGAAAUUACUUAUUUUGCAAUGGAAUAAAUUUGAGAGCCUUCUCAAGGUAAGCUUC